AGACGCGGUCGAGCGCUGUUGGGAUUGACCGCGACGGAUCUUCGCGGCGGUUUGCUCGGGCAGACGAUCGUGACUUUAGAGCUCGCGAGUCGGCCGAAUGGUUCGGAUGCUUUGCCGUUGCCGCCGCAUAAGCUGAGUCCGCACGAUGUGGUUUGCUUGAGGCCGAAUAAGUCUUCGGCGGAGGGCGAACCGCUGGCGAGCGGCGUCGUGUAUAGAAUUCGGGAUACGCAAAUCGAGCUCGCGUGCGAUGACAUGCCGGACGAGCUCAGCGGCACGUUACGUUUAGAACGGUUAUCCAACGAGGCGACGCACAAAAGGUUGGUUUCCGCGGUCGAGCGAGUAGGGAAAUAUGGGGGUUCGAGCGACGCGAAACAGCCGGGGGCGCAUCUAGUCGGCGUCGCGUUCGGGGACUCCAAGCCUCGAGUUUCGAAAACUGGGAAAGAGGUCGAAUGGAUCAACACCGCUUUAGACGCGUCGCAGCGUGGUGCGAUCGAGCACGCGUUGCGCUGCGUAGACUUUGCACUGAUUCAUGGACCUCCCGGUACGGGCAAAACGACGGCGGUGGUCGAGUACGUGGCACAGGAAGUCGCGCGCGGCUCUCGCGUGCUCGCGUGCACGGCCUCAAAUAUAGCCAUAGACAACUUAGUCGAACGCUUGAUGAAAAUCAAGCUUCCCGAAGGAGGCGAAAUGCGCCUGGUACGCGUCGGUCACCCGGCAAGAUUGCUGCCGUCCGUGCUCGCGGCGUCACUCGAGGCACAACUCCUGGCGAGCGAUAACAGCAAGCUCGCUAAAGAUUGCGCAAAGGAGAGCAAAAUAUUGCGUAGAAAGUUGUUGAAGCUCAACGACAGAAAAGAUCGCGUCGAACGGAACGAAGUUCGCAAGGAGCUGAGAGUGCUAGCAAAGGAGGAACGGAAUCGUCAAAAGGCGGCGAUGAGGGAUGUCGUCGACGGCGCGCGCGUCGUGUGCUCAACGCUCAGUGGAGCGCUGUCGGGAACGUUGAAAUUUCAAGAUUUCGAUGUCGUUGUCAUAGACGAAGCCGCCCAGGCGCUCGAAGCCGCGUGCUGGGGAGCAGUCUUAAAAGGUAAGAAGACUGUGCUCGCCGGCGAUCAUUUGCAGCUUCCGCCUACGGUGAUCUCGGAUGAAGCGCAGGCGAAAGGAUUGAGCGACACGCUUUUUCAACGGCUUCACGACAUGUACGGCGAUUUAGUUGCUCGUAUGCUUACCGUGCAGUAUCGCAUGCAUGCUGAUAUCAUGACGUGGUCCUCGGAGGCGAUGUACCAAGGUAAGCUCACUGCGGCGGAAUCCGUCGCGACGCAUCGACUUCGAGGCGACGGCGAGGACGACCCUCCCGUUUUACUCUUGAUCGACACCGCCGGCUGCGAUAUGGACGAGCGCGUAGAAGAGGAUGGCGAAAGCAAAGAAAAUCCCGACGAAGCGGCGGUGGUAAUGGAAGUGGUCAGGCGUCUCGUCGCUCGCCACGACGUCGCCGUGGACGACAUCGGCGUCAUCACGCCGUACAACGGUCAAGUCACGGUGCUUCGUGAACUUCGCGCCAGAGACGACGCGCUCAAAAAUCUGGAAGUGUCUACCGUCGAUGGAUUCCAGGGACGCGAAAAAGAAGCCAUCAUUAUCAGCGCAGUGCGUUCGAACGCAUCGGGCGAGGUGGGAUUCCUCUCCGAUAGUCGGCGCAUGAACGUCGCCGUGACGCGGGCACGGAAGCACUGUUGCCUCAUCAUCGAUAGCGACACAGUAAGCAGCGAUAGAUUUCUAGCGACAUUAGUGGAGUAUUUCGAGACACACGGCGACGUCGCUUCGGCUGCGGCGUAC